UAUAACAUUAUUUUAGGAAAAUCUUCAAAGGAAUAAUAGUGAACUUUUUUUUUGUUGGUUGAAGUCAUAGCAGACAUUCAAAACUUGUCAAAUUUUGGGUACAUAUUUCUAAUACUAACUUCCUUCAGGCUUCAAAAUUCAAGCUUUCUCUUCACUGACUACAUUUUUCUGCAUUUAAAUGCACCUAAAAUCUCUUAAAGAGGUCAUAUUAUUCCAUUGUCAAGCCAUUAAAACCGGUUUUCACUACAACAUAUUUACAUCAAACCAAAUCAUCCAUUUAUAUUCUAAACAUGGUGUUUUACAAAGUGCCCAGAAAGUGUUUAACGAAAUGCCUGAACGAAAUGUGUUCACUUGGAACACUAUAAUUGCUGCAUACUUGAAAAAUCAUGAUCUAAAAACUGCUGAAAACCUUUUUAAAUCUUCCCCAUAUAAAGAUUUGGUAACAUACAAUUCUAUGUUAGCUGGAUAUGUAUAUUCUGAUAAUGGGCACGAACACGAAACAAAUGCUCUUAGACUUUUUUGUGAGAUGCAGUCAUCUCAAAUUUGUGGAGGUAGUAUCGAUGAGUUUACUAGCUCUACAAUGCUUAACUUGGUUGCGAGAUUAUCGUUUGUGUCUCUGGGAAAGCAGUUGCAUUCUUUAAUGGUGAAAAGUGGGAAUGAUUCGAGUCGGUUUUCGUGUAGUUCACUUAUUGACAUGUAUUCAAAACGUGGGUGCUUUCAAGAAGUGAUGCGGGUUUUUGAUGAUCGUAGGGGCGGGUUAGAUUCAGUAUCUAAGAAUGCUGUAGUUGCUGCUUGUUGUAGAGAAAGAGAGUUAAAUUUGGCUUUAGAUAUAUUUUGGCGUGAGGCAGAGUUGAAUGACACUAUUUCAUGGAAUACAAUUAUUUCAGGGUUUGUUCAAAAUGAUUUUCAUGAGAAGGCAAUGAGAUUAUUUGUUUGUAUGAUGGAAAAUGGGGUUAGAUUAAACAACCAUACUUUUGCUUGUGUUUUAGGUGCUUGUUCUGGUAUGAGGAACCUUACUAUCGGGAAGGAAGUUCACGCGUAUGUUUUGAAAGGUGGGUUUAUUGAGAAUGCAUAUAUUAGUAGUGGUAUUGUUGAUGUUUAUUGCAAGUGUAGUAAUAUGGAUUAUGCAAAAUCUGCUUAUAUGUUAUAUAGUGUUGGGAAUGCCUUCUCAAUCACCUCAAUGAUUGUGGCAUAUUCAAUGAUAGGCAACAUGGUGGAAGCUCGAAGACUUUUCGACACAUUGCUCGAGAAGAACACUGUGGUUUGGACAUCAUUGUUUUCAGGGUAUGUGAAAUGUCAAAGCUGUGAAGCAGCAUUUGAGCUGUUGAGAGAGUUUUUAAGCAAUGAAGGAAAUAUUCCUGAUGUUUUGAUAUUGAUGACUCUGCUUGGUGCCUGUGCUAUACAAGCUUCCUUGCACUCUGGAAAGCAGAUUCAUUCCUACCUUUUAAGGAAUAUGAUUGAAAAAGAUGGAAAGCUUUUGAGUGCAAUGAUUGAUAUGUAUUCCAAAAGUGGUAACAUAACAUACGCGGAAAGAAUUUUCUCGGGAGUAGAUGAAAGGGACUCGGUUCUUUAUAAUGUGAUGAUUGCUGGUUAUGCCCAUCAUGGCCAAGAAAGCAAGGCCAUUAAGUUGUUUGAGGAGAUGUGUAGGAAACAAGUUGAACCAAAUGAAGCAACGUUUGUGGCUCUUCUGUCGACUUGUCGGCAUGCUGGUUUGGUGGAAUUAGGUGAAAAAUACUUUUACUCCAUGGCAAGAGACUAUGCUAUACAACCUGGUGUUGAUCACUAUGCUUGUAUGAUUGAUCUCUAUGGAAGAGCGCAUCGGAUGGACAAGGUUGUUGCCUUCAUGGAAAGGAUUCCUUUGGAAGCAGAUGCAGUCCUACUGGGUGUUUUUCUGAAUGCCUGUAGGAUUAAUGGAAAUUUGAAAUUGGCUAAAGAAGUGGAGGAGAAACUGUUGAGGAUCGAAGGUGAAAGUGGGUCUCGUUAUGUGCAAUUAGCUAAUGUAUACGCUUCAGAGGAUGAUUGGGAUGAGGUAGGGAGGAUAAGGAAGAAGAUGAAAGGAAAGGAGGUCAGGAAGCUUAUAGGAUGCAGCUGGAUAUAUCUGGAGAACGACUUACGCGUCUUUACUUCUGGUGAUAUGUCUCACUUGAAAUCAGAUGCAAUUUACUAUGUGCUUGCUUGUUUAGUCGCAGAAACUAACCGCCUAGCUUUGGUUGAAAGCUCCGAUUCCCUAAGUAGUCAAUCAUGUCUUUCGAAUCACUGAAGACUUAACUUGAAAUACACAAAAGGAAUCCCAAGGUUGGUUAAGUAAUGGAUAUUUCAUGGGACAUAUAAGCAAGUAGAUUCCGAAAAGACAAUGCUGAGCAGUACGUUUCACAGCUGUCUUUUAUAUUUAUCAAUCUUGUCCAAAUUGCAGCCCCUGUGAUAUAUAGCCUGGCUGAUUUGCCAAAAUCCUGGGAGGCUGAAAUUUCUGCCAGGAAAUUAGGACUUUGUUUAUUAAGGGAUACAGGUAUGCUUUUCUUCUAAAUGGCCUAUAAGUUCUUUAUGCACACGACCACACAUGAAGUUGCGUGAGUUUGAAUACUUGAUGGUUGAUAUACACAUUUGUAUAUGCUAUUAUAUUAUGAAAUGUAUUUUUCAACACAAAAUAAGAUAGAUUUAAUAAUCAUUUCAUAUGGCUUUCUGGGAAUAUAAACUCUUUGGUCCUAUUGAUGAGGCAAUAAGUUUACUAUUUCAAUAUUGUAUGUUUUAAUAAAUUGGAGUAUCAGAUUGUAGUAUGAACUGCUCGUUCUAGUUACUUGGUGGUCUCGUACAAUUUUUAUAUAGAAAAAGGAACAAAAUUUGAAGCGAUUACGUUACUAUCUCAAUUUAACAAUGUUGUAUGGAAUUGGAGUUUCAAUCUGCAUAUCGAACUGUUGGGUUUAUUGGUGGACUCAUUCAAAAU